AUGAAGUUGAAUAUAGGGGCUAAUUAUGAUCUUUGGAGCAGUAAGGUUGGUUUUCUAGUUUGGGAAGUGUGGAAAGCAAGAAAUCAAGCAGUGCAUCAGAGGACUAGUCCUAAUCCAACAGCAGUGAUUCACAAAGCUAAACUAAUGGAACUAGAAUUUGCAGAAUUGGAAGAGGAACCAGCGAAGCAUUCAACUAGUGUAAGAAGGUCAGGUAGCAGGGUUACCUGGAGACCGCCACCGGCAGGAUGGAUCAAAUGCAAUGUUGACGCAGCGGUCGUUGAGACACGCUCUGCAGGAGCCACAGCAGCGGUAUUCAAAGACUCUAACGGAUCCCUUCUCACAGGAAUCAACUCCACAAUAGUCGCCACUUCGCCAUUAGCUGCGGAAGCAUUAGCGGUUAGGGAAGCUCUAAUUAUGUCAAAAAAAUUUCAGAUGGAGAAGGUUAUCAUAGAAUCAGAUAAUCAGAUACUGGUUCAAGCCUUAAAGUCACAUGCAUCAAUUGCAGAUAUUCAGGUUAUACUAGAUGACAUAUUGUAUUUAGUAAAAGGCAUGCCUAAUUGUGGCUUUACCUGGGCACCCAGAGAAGCAAACUUAUUAGCGCAUGAAGUCGCCAAGCUCACAGGGAGCUUUUUGGGAGCUGUGGCGAAUUGUAUAGGUGCUGUGGAUAAUAACUUGGCGCUCCAGGUUACUGGUAGAAUGGUGAAGUUGUGUCUGUUACAUGUGCGAAUAACUAGCUUGAGCAUAAUCUAUGGAAUUGACGAGUUGUACACAAGAUGGGAAAAGGGAAUUGCUGCAAGGGAAGAAAAGUGCAGCGCCUCUCUUGCACAAUGA